AAAAAAAUAAAGAACAGAGAAAAAACGAAAAAGAAAAAAGUAUCAAGUUUAGUUUCUUUGACUCCGAUCGAUCCUCAUUUACACUGAGUUUAAUGUGAUUUCUUUAAAACUGAUUAUGUCAGAAGUAUAAAGAUGAUUAUGAUGAAAAAGGCUUAAAAGUAACCAAAAACAUAGAAAAUUAAAAAGGAGAUACCUUUAAUUAUUUAAAUAUAUUACCAUAUCUUACUCUUUUCAUAUUUUUGGGAUUUCUCGGUUUUUCUUUAUAUUUUCCAUCUUUUGUCUUUGCUCUUUUUGAUCUUUCUUGGGGUGUAUGAUGAACAAUCUCAGUCAUCUUGAAUCAGAUUACUCUCAGUAUGUUGAAGUUGAUCCGACUGGAAGAUAUGGAAGAUACAAUGAAGUUCUGGGCAAAGGUUCUUCAAAGACAGUUUACAGAGGAUUUGAUGAGUAUGAAGGUAUAGAAGUAGCAUGGAACCAAGUAAAGCUCUACGAUUUCUUGCAGAGUCCUCAAGAACUGGAGAGGCUUUACUGUGAAAUCCAUCUCCUCAAAACAUUAAAACACAAAAGCAUUAUGAAGUUCUACGCUUCUUGGGUCGAUACCGAUAAUAGGAACAUCAACUUUGUCACUGAAAUGUUCACUUCUGGCACCUUGAGACAAUAUAGGCUAAAACACAAGAGAGUGAACAUAAGAGCGGUGAAGAAUUGGUGUAGACAAAUCUUAAGAGGAUUAAACUAUCUUCAUACACAUGACCCUCCUGUGAUUCAUAGAGAUCUCAAGUGUGACAACAUUUUCAUUAAUGGGAACCAAGGAGAAGUCAAGAUUGGCGAUCUUGGUCUUGCUGCUUGUUUACAACACUCUCACGCUGCUCAUUGUGUUGGGACACCAGAGUUCAUGGCUCCUGAAGUUUAUAAAGAAGAAUACAACCAAUUAGUCGACAUAUACUCGUUCGGGAUGUGUGUUCUGGAAAUGGUAACAUUUGACUACCCGUAUAGCGAGUGUUCUCACCCUGCUCAGAUUUACAAAAGAGUUAUAUCGGGCAAGAAACCAGCCGGAUUAGACAAGGUGAAGGAUCCAGAGGUUAAAGGCUUUAUAGAGAAGUGUUUGGCCACAGUGUCCCUUAGGCUCUCUGCUCGUGAACUACUCGACGACCAAUUUCUCUGUAUCGAUGAAAGUGAAUUGGAUAUGAGAUCCGUAGAGAGCGAAAGGGGUCAGAUAGAUGAAGUUAGACAUUCUUAUCAUAUGGCUGACCAUUACUUCAAUGAGGGAGCCAAUAUCAACUCUUUUGAUCAUCCUCACUACUCAAACGGUUCCUACAGCCACGAUAAUGAAAACCAAUGGGAUUACAAUGGAGAGGAUUCUGUGGAGUCACACGCAUUAAUAGAGUUUCAUAUUGAUGAUACUGAAGAAGAUGAGGAAGAUGAUAAAAGCUUUGGUAAUGUUGACAUAAGCAUUAAAGGGAAGAAAAGAGACAAUGGUGAUGGACUAUUCCUGCGACUCAGAACCGUCGACAAGGAAGGGCGUAUCAGAAAUAUAUACUUCCCGUUUGACAUUGAGGCCGACACAGCAAUAAGCGUUGCAAGAGAGAUGGUUGAAGAGUUGGAGAUGGACGACCGUGAUGUCAUAAAGAUAGCAAAUAUGAUCGAUGGAGAGAUUGCUUCUCUUGUUCCCAACUGGAGCAUCUUCUGCAGCUGCGAAUCGAACCGUUCCUCCGUGGGUUCAAUCAUGGAUUUCAACGAGAAGCCGUGUGGCAGAAAAGGGUGCCAAGAGAAGCAUGGACGGUUUGAGGAAAUCACGUUUGAGAUAAAAGUAAACCACUCAGACGAAGAAGAGGAUUUUUCUUGAGAGGCAAGUAACGUGAUACACUAACUGUGGAAGAUCCAUAUAGUCUGUGAUGAGCUAUCCGAUGAAACUGUGGAAGGCUCACAGAUUAGCAGAUGAAAAAUCUAGCCGGAGAUGUUGAACGAGAGAGAGGAAGGUUUAGUCCCAAGAUGUAUUAAAAGAACUAUUUCACUUCCUUUAAUUUAUAUUGGCGCAUUUAAUACA